AUGUAUCGAAUAAUUCUACUAUUAGCUGGUAUUCAUGUCAAUCCAAUAUCGAAUGGAAUUAUCCCGAAAUCUCAUCUCACUUAUGAUAUUGUAAUGCAACAUCUGAUGAGCUAUGUUAACCACUCGAUAGAUCCGUGCGAUGAUUUCUAUGCGCAUGUUUGCCCGCCAGAAUAUGUCUAUUCACUUUAUGAGAAAUUAAUUUUUGAUAUGAGCGAUGAUGACAAAAACACAAAAAUCGGUAAUUUAAGCUACGAGCUGUUUCCAUUGGAAUUUGAAAGCACCGAUGACUAUUCUUAUGAUGAACUAAUGGAAUUAUGCAACAAUGAUAUGGAUAGUUUCGUCAGAGCGGCAAUUAUUUAUCAUGUAGAUAUGAAAAAUAAAAGAUUUGCAAAUUCGUCAGUCGAUUGUUAUGAUCUUGUCGGCGUUUUAAACAAUGCGACGAUGAAUGAUAUUGCGAAAACCUCAAACCUAUAUUUUUCUUAUCUUUUCUUCAAUCUUCGGCGACAUUAUACGCUUCAAAGACUCUAUGGAUCACCAACGAAUGCGGCGCAUAUAUUUGAAGACCUCCGAAGAGAAAUGGACAUCGUUCUCGAGGAGACGCCUUGGAUCAAAACCUACAACGCAAUGGAAAAAUACAAGAAACAAUUGGAAAUCAUGCAAUAUUAUACAUUUGGCAAUGCAAAAGAAAUUAUUGAAAAACGCUUGAGAGAAUUGAUUCCGAAACACGAAAAAUUCAAGAAUCGCGCUAUCAAACGGCAUGAAAUCAUUGAGUUUAUUAACAUCGGAUUCAUGGCCAAAUAUCGUUUUGGGAAGCAAGAAAAUUUUGUGAAGAAUUUAAUUGAGUUUUUUAAUGGAAAUUUGAUCAACCAUGCAAAUUAUAAUGAUUAUGGCUCAAUUGGUUUCAUAUUGGCUCAUGAGAUUAUGCAUUCAUUCGUUUUCGAAGAAGACGAUGUGUCGCCACUGAAGAAUUAUUCGACGAAGAAUGCGCAUUGUAUUCUGAGUCAGCAUUCGAAGACAUGCCAAAUGUUUCCAGAAGCGAAAUGCUCGACGACGAAUCGAACGUUUGAAGAAGACGCGGCCGAUUUGAUGGGAUUUCGCCUAAUUUAUCGUUUGUUUCAAAAAGCGAAACAUAUGGAACAGAGGAAGACGUACUUUGGUUAUGGAGCACCAAUGGACGAUGAGCAAUUGUUCUUUUAUUCUAUGACCGUCUUCUAUUGUGAUGUGCAUCCAAAGAAGGAAAAUACGAGAGACGUUCACUCUGGCGAUUACGCCCGCAUAUUAAUGAUGAUGGCGCAAUCAGACGAAUUUGCGAAAGCGUUCAAAUGUAAGAAGACGGAUCGAAUGGGGUUUUCGGUAAAAUUCAAAAAUGAAAGCGAUCAUGCCGAGCUGGGCGCAUUUGUCUCUGAAAACUGCGAAAAAUACAAGCCAAUAUUCGCAAAAUCUUCAUUUAUGUAUCAGAAAUAUGUGCAGCAAAACGAGAAAAUUGAGGAUUUUCAUGAAAUGACAUGCAAUUCAACCAUUCGCAUCCUCGAACACGCCGAUUUCCAAGAGCUCGCGGAAAACUCAUUAGAAGCAAUUCAAACAGUAUUUUUGAAUGUUCGACGAUAUUACACGCUUCUUCGUCGCUACGGAACCCCAAAAAUCGCCAAGGAAAUCUUCAGAGAAUGUCUUGAUCGCGUUUCGCAAAUGGCGCCGAACGACGAAUUAAUCGAGCGACUGAAACGCUUCGAAUUGGUCACCAUUGGCGAUUUUCUCGAGCCCGUCGAGAUUGGCCUCAAAUGGUUUGCCGAUGGGAUUGGAGAAUUUCCGAUCAAUGAUGAGGUCCUCAACGGCGAUUUGAUGCAAAUUCUCAAAUUCACCGCAUUCUGCCAUGACGCGCUGAAAAAAAUGAAGCCGCCGGCACAAUUCGACGAAUUCCCUCUGAGCGAUGUUGUCUCGAAAAUGUCAUAUAGCAAGUUAUAUAAGAAUUAUGCCAUAUUUGGCAGCUUUGCGCUGAAAAUGAUUUUAUAUGAAGUCAAUUAUCUACCAUUCGUCGACAAACUCUCGGAUUUCAAAGAAUGCAUGAAGUCGCAAUACUCGAAAAUAUGCGAACAAAUUGAAUCGCUGAAUUUCGAUCCGGAAUUAAUUGAAGCCAAAACUCAACUGUUCUUGUUCGCCGCCGCAUUGGAUUAUUGCCCAGAAGAUUUUCAUAAGCCCUUGAAUGAAAAAUCAGCCCUCUUAUACGUUCUUUUCUCUCAAUUUACGUCGAACUCACCUUUAAUUUGUCCGGAUGACAGCUCAGUCGUCGAGGACAGCGAGGAAGUUGUCGAGGAUUCCAAUAUUGACUCAAGUGGAAGUCGAGAAUUAAAAAAUGUGUCAAAUAAUUCUCGAGAAUCUAAUGCGAGUAAAGACAAGUCCUAUGCUUCAUCAAUUUUCACAUCCACUCCAAACCCCAAAGGAAAUAAAUCAAAUCUCUCACAAGCUUUAUCUGGGACGUAUUCUUCGACGGAUUCCGGAUCUUCAGCGCAUGAUCGUAGUAGAAGUUUCUUUGAAGAAGAGCAACCGCUUUCGCCGAUUUCGAAGAAACUUUCGGAAAAUGAUGAUAAAAAAUCGAAGCAAAAUUUGCGGGAACGUCUAUUGCGAAAAUCUUUGAAGCAAUCAACCAAACCGUCAAAUGAUCGGUCUGGUGGUUGGGGAAGUAGCGAAAGCUCAUCGAAAUCGCCAGAAGAAAAUUUAUUGAGUACGUGUUUGAGCCCGAUUGCCAAAGAUGUCAAAACGCCUCAGAUUACUGAUAUUCCGACUUUUGAUAUUAACAAUGUUUCGUUGAACACGGAUAGCGAUAAGGAUGAAACAAUGGCGACGGAGAAGACGAAAUCCGACAAUGAGAACAAUUCGGUGGUUCUUGUCUCGGAUGAUUCCAAAGAGAACGUCUCAUCGCCAUCGGAUAGCAGUAUUGUUGUCGAAUAUCAAUCGCUGAUGCCCAAAUUGAAGCCGCAAGUGGAUUUGGAAUCUGUCAGCGAGAAAAAGAAGCAAGAUCUAAAAAAAUUGACUAUCGGCGAGCUUGAGGACAAAAAAAAUGGUUUGAUGAAAUUAAUGCAAUAUCAGAGCAGUUUACCAGAUAAGGGCGCCAAAGUCCACGCGGAAUUCAAUUUUAUUGAGAAUUUGAUAAUGGAGAAAAAGAAUAAUGGAGAUGAAUGUGACGUUGUCGUUAUCGAGGAUGAUACUGAGGUGGUUAACGAGCGUCGUGUCAUUCAUCCAAACGUGCCGAAACACGCGGUGCCCAUUCGAGGAGGUGUUCUUCCACCGAAUCGGCUCAUUGAGCAUCCACUUCCUCAGCAGAAUCUCGACAUGCUUAUUCAAAAGGAUGGAAAGCGUAUUUUCGGCGGAAAAAUGACGGAAGAGAGGUAUCAUCGGAUUGGAGUUAUGACCGAUAAGCUGACGAAACAACUUCUGGAAGCGGCUGAGAGUAUGCCCGAAGAGACGGAGCUGACGGAAACGCCGAAAGGAUUGAUCGUUGAUUUGAUGCCGCAUCAGAAGUCGGCGUUGACGUGGCUGAAGUGGAGAGAGACGCAGCCGCAGCCCGGCGGAAUUCUUGCUGAUGAUAUGGGACUCGGCAAAACGCUGUCGAUGAUAUCGCUGAUCGUUGAGCAGCGCGAGGCUCGACGAGCGCGAAAAGAAGCUGGCAAUGAUGCGAUCGAUAAAGAACGAAGGGUGGCGGCGAGAAAUUUGGGGCUUAUUCCAUCGAAUGGAACUCUUAUUGUGGCGCCAGCGAGUUUGAUUUACCAAUGGGAGAAGGAGAUUGAGAGGAGACUUGAAGAGGAUACGCUGAAUGUGUUCAUGUUCCAUGGAACGAAGAAGCAGAGGGAUGUCGAACCAAGAAUCCUUGCUCGUUAUGAUGUCGUUAUUACUACUUAUACGCUUGUUGGUAAUGAGCUCACUGAAAAAGUCACCACAAAGAAUAAGGUGCUCUUCGACGAUCAUCCGGAAUCGGAUUCUGAUGGUGAACAACCGCGCGGUGGAGGUCGACAACGACGAGUUGGAAAAGAUUCAUCGCCGUUGGCGCAAAUUUGUUGGUCGAGAAUCAUUCUUGAUGAAGCGCAUGCUAUUAAGAAUCGGACCUCCAUGUGCUCCAAAGCGGUUUGUCGAUUGUCUGGAAUUUCGAGAUGGUGCCUUACUGGAACACCGAUUCAUAAUAAUCUUUGGGAUUUGUACAGUUUGAUUCGAUUUAUGAGAGUUCAGCCGUUCAGCGAGGACAAGUAUUGGAAGGAGCAGAUCAUGCCCAUGAAAGGAAGAAUGACGGAUCGAUUGAAUCUGAUUACAAAAAACUUUUUGCUGCGACGAACCAAGGAACAGACUUGCUCGAUAACGAAUAAGAAGCUCGUCGAUCUUCCGCCGAAGACAGUCAUGGUGCAUGAUUUGAUUCUUGAAGGCGAUGAAGCUGAAGCUUAUGCGAUUAUGUUCAAAGCGUCACAAAAGUUUGUCAAGAAAAUCGUCGAGCAGGGCGAUGACAAUCGAUAUUUGAAAGAGUUUGGAAUAAUGAGGCGAAAAAAGAACAAAAAUGAGGAGGAUUUGAGGAAUCCGUUUGCUUUCGGACCUCGUGAUCUUGGGAACAACCGAUUCCAGUCAAUGUCUUGUGUUCUCCUCCUCCUUUUGCGACUUCGACAAGCUAGUGUGCAUUUUCAUAUCACUAAAAAUGGCAUGGAUAUGUCGGCGUUUUCCAUAAUUGGCGGCGAUGACAAUAUGAAUGUUGAUGAGAUGGACGCCCUACUUGAGCGAACUCUUGCGAAUUUGACGCUUGAAGACACGGAUGAUGAAGAGGAAGAGAGUGAACGUCGAAAUCAGAAAUUUGACAAAUCGCCGGCGAUUUUUGAGCCAGAUUAUCCUAGUGCGAAAAUCAAAAAGACAAUUGAACUCAUCACGGAAAUCAUGGAAAAGGGCGAGAAAGUAGUGAUUGUCUCUCAAUGGACUUCUGUGCUUAAUCUUAUUGAAGCGCAUGUUAAGAGAAAUGAGAUACGGUACACGAUGAUCACCGGAGAAGUCAAAGUUCAAGAUAGACAAGAGCGUGUUGAUAGCUUUAACAAGGAGAAAGGCGGCGCACGAGUGAUGCUUCUCUCGUUGACAGCCGGAGGAGUCGGACUCAAUCUGACUGGAGGGAAUCAUUUGGUGAUGGUUGAUUUGCAUUGGAAUCCCGCGCUUGAGCAGCAGGCGUGCGAUCGGAUUUACCGAAUGGGACAGAAGAAGCCGGUUUCGAUUCACAGAUUGGUUACUAAAGACACUAUUGAGGAGAGGGUUAUCGAUUUGCAGACGAAGAAGCUGGAAAUGGCGAAUAAUGUGCUUGAAGGAUCGGCGAAGAAGAUGAACAAACUCACAAUGGCUGACAUCGCGUUCUUGUUCGAUUUGAAUAAUCGGGAUUAA